AUGGCGGCGAUUAUGAUCGAGCUAGCCAUGCUCUCCCAGUGCGGCAAUUUGAUGUUUAUGGUUUUUGCGGGCGCCGUUCCAUCUUUUACCGGAUGCCAUAACAUGAAUACCACCGGGCUAUCGGUCGACGAUUUAUGCACACUAUACGAAGCCGGAGAAUGCCUUCCAAUUACCGAAUAUCAGUUCUAUUCGGCGAAUGUUGAGUUCGGUCUCCUCUGCAGCGACACGAAGGAAUUGAAGGACAGUACAUCGUAUCAAAUGAUUGGCUAUCUGGUCGGAUCGUUGAUAUGGGGACAGAUAUCCGAUGUUUUCGGCAGGAGACGGCCAAUGCUCGUAUGCCUCCUAGUCAACGGAAUCCUGGGUCUUGCUACUUGCCUGGUCCCAACACUCGGCGCUCUCACCUUUGUUCGAACGGCUUUAGCUUUCUUCUUCACCGGCCAUGUUGUUAUCGUUUUUGUGCUCUUCUGCGAGACAUUCCCCUCGAAACACCGUCUCUGGCUGGCCUUCGUACUCAACUGGUCCCCGAAUUAUGCUGUCGUGGCUGUUAUUGCUUGGCUCUGCGGCACGUGGCGUCUAUUUUCGCUAGUCAUUAAUUCGCUGUGCUUCCCAGCCGCGAUUAUUCUUUGGUUCAUGUGCGAGACGCCACAUUGGCUCCUAAGACGCGGAGUCUUUGCCAAGGCCCAUGAAGCCUUCAAUGGCCACGAGCUGGAUGGGAAUGCUUUGUACGAGGUCCUGGACCACGAGAAGAAGCACUUUUUGACAAUCCCCCACCAAACCUAUUCCCUGCCACAUCUCUUUUGCACAAAGAGACUCGCCGGGUAUACCAUCGCGAUUUUCACAAGUUUUCUAAUGGCGUCCAUGGUGAAUUAUUCACUGCUCUUUAACAUGGAGGAAAUGGCCGGGUCGAUCUAUGUCAACACCUUUUUCAUGGGCUUCUUCCGGCUCGUGCUCAAUCUGAUCUCGGCCUUUGUUGAUUUUCGGUGCGAGAAGCUCGGCAGGAAGACAGAGCACAACUUCUACUGCCUAUACGCAUUAAUCGCUUUUGGCCUGGCGAUAGGAGCGGAAGCUAUCGGAAUCUCCUCCACCUCAUCUUCGGCUCUCCGCUAUAUUCUGCUAUCCACGGCGUCGAUGGUGUGUCAACUGUAUGCUGUCGUUGGCGUGGUUUGCAAUGAGGUGUUCCCAACCCCAAUCCGAAACGUAGCUUUUGCCAUGACGCAGUUGAGCGAAGCAGUCGCCUCCAUUGCCGCACCACAAGUGUUCCAACUGACAGUAUUUGGUGAAUGGGUCCCGCAUGCCGUGAUGGUCACGCUGAUCAUCGCCGACCUGAUCUUUUUCCGGUAUUUUGUGCCGGAAAGCCGGGGGAAACCGUUGGCAGAGGAUAUGCCGCUGGAGGAGGAGAGGCUCGGAGUUUUUAGGAAAACCUUCCACUUGGACUGGCACCAGCUACAGCACCUCCAUUUGCAUCAGGAAUCUGAGGAAAAGAGGAAGGCAUUUGAGAGGGACGUGCUCAGGGCUACUUUA